AGGGAUGCUUGUCAAAAAAUAAAAACCAAGCGUCACAAGCGCACGUGUUGUUUGAGAUUCUACUAUAAAUAUCAAUUAAUUCUGCAAAAUGAAGAUCAAGAAGCAGCACCGGAAGAAAAAGUAUCUACACAAAUUAAACAGGAAGCGAAUGCAUAAUAAGCAGCGGAGUACAGGAGACGUGCCAUGUAAAACAAUUAAAGAAGCUUGGGAUCACAAGAAAUCUGCGCUACGAAAUCUUAAAGAAAUGGGGUUAGCAAAUGAUCCUAAUACGGUGAUCAAAAUACCAAGUUUUAAGAAAGAGCAGCUGAAGAAAGCUAAACAGAUGGUCAACCAAGAUGAUUCCGAGAGUGAAGAAGAGGUAGUCCCUCGAAAACCACCAAAAAUGGAGGUUGUAGAGAAAUUAGAAAAGGAAGCUAAAGCACCUAAAGAAAGACGGUUUAUGUUACCAAAAGGUCAAGUUGAGUUCAUAACCUAUCUCCUAGAUAAAUACGGUAAUGACUACAAAGCUAUGGCUCGGGAUAAAAAGAACUAUUACCAAGAAACAUGGAAACAGUUGCGAGCUAAAGUAAAGACGUUUAUGGGCAUUCCAAAACAGUAUGGAGAAUAUUUGACAGCAAGAGGAUUAUUAGAUAAGGAAUUAGAUGAAGAAGAAAUCAAGAAAGCGGCUAAAGCACUUGUUGAUGAUGAUUAGGUUUAGGAAUUAGCACUAUAUUUUAGAGCGUAAGGAUAUCACG